AUGCACCCGCCACUAUCCAACAAGACCAACAGAGGCUACGUGCCUUCACCCGUUUUUCCCAGCUCCAACAAAUUUCGACCUACAUCGGAAAAGCGUAAAGAGAACGAGGAGAAGGGUUGUCAUGCUUCGCGCGUUUCUGAAGACGACCCUGAAGCACCGGAGCCGUUCUUCGCUCCCCAGGGCGAGCGUCCCUUUUUCGCGAAAAAGCGUCCUCCGCCGAUUGCGAAAGAGUUGCCCUCCUCACAGAAGAUAGAACCGGAGAGCGAGCCUCUUGCUUCUCUCUCGCUCGCGAAACACGCAUUGCUGAAAUCCAGGCUUCUUGAAUUCAACAAGAAGGCAGCGAGAGUCCUAUUCAGGACCUGGAUAGCUAGUGUGCUGGAAAAGAAAAGGAUGGGAUAUAGAGAGUGGCGUAUAUACAUCCAGUGUCACAAAGCUUUGACGGCUCGCAAUGAUAUCAGCAAGGACAAUCUCCCAUCCAAAAGCAUGGAGAGGUUUCGUUUGAUGGGUAUUGAGCCCGAGGACUUCAACGACGAAGUCUGGAUGCCAGGCGCAUUCGAGCCUCCUACGCAGGUCUCCAAACUGACCUUUGAAGAGCGGAAGGAGCGGCUGGUCCGCAAGUUAGUGGCCACCUUCCUGGUCGGGGUCGAGAAGCGAGCGGAGGAGCGCGAGCGCUUGGAAGAACAAGCUCCUCUGCAGGAGGAAGAGGAAAGUCUCGAAGAGGAGGGUGAAACCUCUUCGGCUGGUGAGGAGGGCGACGAAGCCGUAGAUGAUGCUGAGGAUGAUUUAGCGGACGGCGACGACGACAUGCAGAACACAGACGAAGCCGUCAGUGACGACGAACCCGUCGAUUCCACCGAGGCCGUCGAAAAUGCUGCAGAGAAGGCCUGUCGCCUGGACGACUCUUCAGAGGUACCUUCGCCGGUCUCCCACGAAGAGUACAGCGAUGCCCAUUCCCCCGCUGUGACUACGGGAGACUGCCUCCUAUCUUCACCUUCGCCCGUCCGAAGCUCACCGCUCCGCCAGUUCGGCGACCUUUCGCCCUCGAAGCCCACGGAUGUCAUCCGCGCGCCUUCUGCCGAAGCGAUCGAUGUGCCGACUACUGAGGAUGCGGAAAGUCCCGCGCAUGACCCGUCCGCGACUGUCGAGCAGGUGCCUCUCUCGACGCCCCCUGCACCGACGUCGCCCGAACCUUCCGACCAGGAGCUGCCGCUACCAGCACAGCAUAUGCAGCAUCCCAUACAGGACGUAACAUAUAAUGAGCAGGGAGCAGAGCCCCUGCAACCGAUGGCAGUCCGAGGGCCACCGGCGGAUUCCUUCGCCUGCCUCGCCGUCGGGAUGGGACGAGCCCCGCGCGACGACUUCGAGCGCGAGGUGUACACCGAAGGCCUCGCACGGGCGUACGCGCAGAUCCUCACCCGCGAGAACCUCGAGCACGACUUCGCCGAGCGGGGGAUCGAGCUCCCGCACAUCGAGGAUGACGGCGCGCUCAAGCCGCGCUGGGACAACGUGUGGGCGCUCGAACACGACGCGUACCAGGCAGUGUACGCGAACGCGUUCGCGGCGGUCCUUGCGCAGGAGGCGCUCGACGAGGAGGAGGCGGAGGACUCAGAUGACGAGGAGAGGCCGGUGGAUUGCAUGGACCAGGACUGGAAGGUCCAAAUACGGCGGCCGCGACGCGUGGUACUCGAAGACGUCGAGCUCGUCGAUGGGUCAGCCAUGGACAUCUCGUUUCAUGCGCCGUUGGACCCUAUGGAGUGCGAGGUGGUCGGGGGUCCCGCCGGUAUGUCGCUGUCGAUUCUGGCGGGUCUGGACGGCGUCGAUGAUGUGCCUAUGGACGUCGACUUACCCAAGGAAGCUGACGACGUCGACAUCUACGACGCGUCGAUGAUGUCGAUGGCUGCUUUCGACUUUGGCACGCCUGCGGAUCCCUUGCAGGGAAUACUCUCCGCGUUCGGCGGUAUCAACCUCGGCUCAGACGACUCCAUCGAGGUUGAUACGCACCUUGACUGGUAA